UCAAGUCUUGGAAUGAAGUGGUCGACUUUAGUUGGCUGCUUGAUUGUGUGCCUCUUGGAUCUUAAGGUUUCCGAUGGGAUUUCCUCGGUUCCUUGUUCUCAAGCUGGCUCAGAUCUACAAGACAGCGUCACAAAUGUGGAUCAGCCUCUAGUUUUACCCUCGCCAAUAGCCCCCCUGUUGACCAAUUUGUGUUCGUCAUCCACACUAAACGCUCUACCCCCUUCAGCGCUCGUGUCAAUUGUUAAAACGCUGUCAGCAACGCCCGAGCUCUUCAAAACGUUGCCACCUCCUACGCUCGUAGCCCUGUUAAGUGCUAUCUCUUCACCUUCGGUGCUAAAUGAAUUGUCACCAAUCUCUGUUCUCGUCUUGCUUGCCGCCGUAUCUUCAUCCAAUCCCACAUCAAUUUCCUCUGUACCACGUGACGUGUUGUUUCCUUUGUUGAAAACUUUGUCUUCUUCCGGUCUACUGCCACCACCUGGUUCCGUGCAGCCGAACACUGUUUUCACACAACUACCACCCUUGCCACCACCGGCACCACAAGUCAUAGUUCCCGGGCCAGCUCAAGGUCCAAUGUAUAUAAAUCUACCAAACAAAUCGCCCAGACCCCCGCCGAUCAUCGUACCGACUGGACCUCCACCAUCUAUCGUCGUGUCCAUCCCUCAACCAUACCCAGCACCACCACCUUUAAUCAUGCCUUACGGUACCCCUGGUCCAAUAGUGAUAAAUGAAGGAAAGGACACUAGUCCUCCAUCCGCCCAAACAGUAUUAUCCGCUCCCGAAUCGCCAAAAAUAUUUUUUACCACGCAUCCAUCGAAAUCAUGUCUCAACUCGAUCGAUGGUAGAAAAUCACCACAAGACUAUUGUCAAUCACAGUUUGAAAUUCCAAAAGUGUAUGCCUUACCACCCGGUGUUUUACCAAACCAAUAUUUCCAGAUUGAUAAAAAAUGUGCCUAA